AUGCAAGACUCACAACAAACAACAACUACCAACAUCAACAAUGAAAUUCAGCCUCGUUUCCAAGAUUCAUUGUCCAUGGCCAAAGUAGAACAAUACAUCGGAAGAGGUUUCUUUCAAAUGCUGUUCCAAGAACAACAUGAUGUAAACAACAAAUACAGCAAGGCUUCUUCCAAACAACAACAAGCCAAUGAUGACGAUGAAGAUGAGGAUGAUGAUGAAGAAAUUAAUGCUGGAGUGGAUGUACAAAAAUUAAUGAAAAAGAAGAGAAUUAUUAAAAACAGUGAAGGAUAUGAAAAGGAAGAAGAGGAUUAUGAUUAUUAUGAAGUACUCGGAUUAGAGAAACGUUGGCUCUCCACUCCCGAUGAUAUUAGAAAAGCAUAUAAAAAGAAAGUCAAGGAAUACCAUCCUGAUCACUUCAAAAAAGCCUCUUCAUCCAAUGCCGAGACAAGUCAAGUUCCCGAUGAUACCAUGUUCAAAGUGCUGACUAAAGCCUAUGAAACUUUGUUGGAUGAAAAAAAGAAGUUAGCGUAUGAUUCCAGUGAACCAUUUGAUGACUCGAUUCCAACAUAUCCAACUCCUUCCACUCCAAUUACAGAGGAGGAAGAACAAAAGCGUUUCUUCUCUACUUUUGCACCAGUUUUUGAAAGAUGGUCCAAAUGGUCUCGUGUCUUUCCUAAUGUUCCUAAAUUAGGUGGUAUGAAAACACCAUGGGAAGAAGUUGAGAGAUUUUAUACAUUUUGGGCGACAUUUAAGAGUUGGAGAGACUUCAGUGGAGAGAGUGAAUACGAUGAAUCAAUGGCUGAUUCAAGAGAAGAACGUCGAUGGAUGAAACGACAAAAUGACAAACUUAAUCAAAAACGUAAAAAAGAAGAAAAGAAAAAGCUGACUGAUUUAGUUGAACUUGCACGUCGUAACGAUCCACGAGUUAAGAAAAAGAAUGAAGAAAUUGAACAAGAAAGAAAGAGAAAGGAAGAAGAACGAGCUAAACGCGAACUAGAAAAAUUUUUGAAAGAAGAACAAGAACGAAAAGAUGAAGAGGAACGUCAACGCAAGGCAGAACAAGAAGAACGUGAACGAAAACAACGAGAAAAAGAAGAAAAUGAAAGAAAACAACAAGAAAAAAUUCAAACCAUUAAGAAAAUGCGAGAUAUGUGUGAACCUUAUUUAGUUUUAAUUUUAAAACUAAGCAAAAAUCAAGAUCAACAACCAACAAAAAUCAAGGCUGAGGAUUUGGAAUUUCUUCUUAGCAAUUUACCAAUUGACAAUUUAAUGAAAGCAGUUCAAAAAUUAGAGCCAAUAUAUGAGGAAUCACAAAAAUCAAAGGAUGAUUCGAUCUUUGUGAAAGCUUUUUAUGAAAUUGAAAAUAAGGUGAGAGAAAUUGUUCGUAAAAAAGAAGAAGAAAAAAAACAAUUACACGCUCAACAGAAAAAGAAUGCUGAAAAGAAGAGUUCUGAAUGGACUCAUGAAGAAUUAACUCUCCUUGCCAAAGCAAUUGCUCUCUAUCCAGGAGGCACUCAACAGAGAUGGGUUCGUGUUGCUGAGUACGUUGGAACCAAAACGCCAGAAGAAGUUCAACAAAAAACAGGAGAAAUUCGUAAAAAAUCGAGCACUGGUGAAGUGAUUCCAAAGCGCGAUGAAAAGGAUUACUUUGGAGAGUUCCAAAAAGCAAAUGCUAAAAAUCAAACAUCUAAAAAGAAGGAAGAAGAACAAAAAAAGAUGGAAGAACAAUAUGUCAUUGGAUCAAAAACGAAUCAACCCUCUUCGACAGAAUCAUCCAGCACAACGAGUAUAGAAAACUGGACAGCACUACAACAAAAAGCUCUUGAGACAGGAAUUAGACAAUACAAAGAGUUGAAAGGAGACGCCAAAUGGGAAAAGAUUUCUGAAAUCGUUCCUGGAAAAUCAGCUCAAGAUUGUAAGGACCGUUUUGAAUACUGUAGACAGCUUGCAUUGGCAAAAAAGAGUAAACAAUAA